GCAUGAUUGAUACACCUCGGGUUAAAACAAGCAACACACAACCCAUCUUGACCAUUUGCCUCCAUAAUCUACAAUCAAUGAUUCAAAAGCUUCCUUUGUUAAACCAUGAAGGGACGCAUCUUAUCCAUCCUCAUUUUUGUCCUUCUGAACAAGAAAGGAUGGGGCCAAGAUCAGACUGGACAUGAAUGGCAGCAGCGAUACAUAUGUCCCCCUACUUUUCUUCUAUUAGGAAAUAGCUGCUAUUACUUCAGUACAGAGAUUACCACAUGGCAUAAUGCUCAUUUUGCAUGCAGAGAUCUUGAGAGCCAGCUUGCUUCUCUUGAAUCACAGUGGGAGGAUGAAACAGUCCGCUCCUAUCUCAACAGACCAGAAUUUGCCACGCUAAACAGGUGGGUAGGAGGUAUAUACAACUGGUCUACAAGACAGUGGACAUGGGGGUCAUCAGCCGAGGUGAUGCCAUACAAUGGCUUUACAACACAGCAGUUCCCUACAGCAUCUCGGUGGCACUGCGUGUUCCUGGAUUCAAGCAAUAACUAUCAUUGGAGCCAUAGGCUCUGCAUAACCACUAUGCAUUACAUCUGUGAGACUCAUCAAACCAGAGUUCCAGAUCCCAAUGAAAUUGUCGUGGGUCAAGCAAAUCUCUAAGAAUAAUAUUUCUCGAUGGGGUAUGCUCAAGUCAAUGAAGUUCAUCCUGGUACAUCCAAUUCUCAAGAAACCCUCAAUUGUCUUUCCAAAUUUAAAAACACCUGAACUUGCAUUAGGCUGCAACCAUGAUGUAUGUUGCAGCCCAUUCUCCUGUUUUGGUAGUAUGUACUUAUAGUAACGAUGAGGAUCACAGUAUAUAUAUACCUACGUACAACGAAAUUAGAAUGUAGAAAUCUGAACUAUUGAGUUGGACAAACCACAAAAACUUUUUUUUACUUGUGUUGCUUUGACAAACUAAAUAAAUCUAUCCAAACCUCCCUAGUCUUAAUACACAAUAUCUGAGGUCUAAUAGAGUACAGAGGGACCUCGGAUGAUGAGCAGCUCCAUCUACGAGCAUUUCAGGUAAUGAGCGAGCCACUCGCAGAAAACUUGUCUCAACUGACUAGCUUCCACUCGGUUAACGAGGAAGCACGUGGUGCUUCCUAGCGUUCUCACUGGUUCUAGCAAAUUAUCAGACGCCUCCGACAUCUGACGGAAAUUCGUUUCACAGACUAGUGUUUCACAAGAUGUACUUGGUGCCGGAACAGAUUAAAUUCAUUAACCGGGGCACCACUGUACAUGUGUGUGUUAUACUGGGCCUAGAAUAUUUAAGUUUGUGUCUUAGCUUCAUAUAUUUUAGAAGAAUUCCUUACUAGUCAGUAUACUACUAUCUAAAAGCUAAGAGUGUACGAAUUCUGACAAUUAACAAUCGUCACAAUAGGUAUUAUCUAAACAGGAGGAUGGAUUGGUAUGUUGCAUUUUUGUAAUACAGAUUAAUUAAUAUUUUCAAUAAGACAUGCUAAUUAUUAAACAAAUAAUUCUGGACAUGACAUAAAACAUAGUAUGUAAUAAAUUAACUUUUCCUAUUAAUAAGACUUAAAUCUGCACCAUAAUUCAGUCAAUUUCUUAAACAAAAUAACAUUAUAAAAAUAACAUUUAUACAUAUUCUUUGUAUAUUAAUAUGCAAAUAAAAGUUAGAAUGUU